UCAGAAUAUGACCUUCCAAUUGGCUACUGCUUGAUUUAUGACAUCAUUCUCCCUCCCAGCCUACCAGCACCUAGUAGAAUCCUGGGGUUUCCAUGGAGCUGCCUGUAAACAAAUUUGGAUCAUCACAGGUAACCUGUGACCAGUGACCAGUGAGCUGUCUGAUACUGAACACUCUCUCUGGUUUGGUCAGCAGAUCAGACAAAAACAACCAUUUUUUUCUGAUUGGUUCACCUGUGUAUUACUGUUACUCUCCAUCAUACAUCAUGUCAGAAAAUUUCCAAAGUUCACCUUUCUUUGGGACAGAAAGUGCUCUUCAGCCCUCUCUCCCUGUGAUGAGCAACUCUACACACUCAGGAAGGUUGUGCAACACCUCGAGUGUCUCCACCCCAGCUGUGAGUUUAGCAUGGAUCCUGCCACCAAGCACCAACACUUCUGUACAGCUGAUCACAGGCAGAGCCUACCUUAACCCACAUGCUGGCAUCACCGUGCUGGUGGAGCUGACUGACCAGAGCCAGAACUCAACCUCUGCACUCUUCUAUCCAGGUGUUCUCAAGUGGGAUCUCACAGAAAGCAAAGAUAGGGGAGAUGCAAUCCAGGAAUUCAAUAUGACCAUCACUGACCAGGACACUGCACUCUCUUCCCUGUCUGUGACAUCCCAGUGUGAUAAAAUUUUAGAUCCCAUUACCAUAGCCCCUUUCCAUCCAUCACUUUUAACCAGUUUUGUCCAAGUUACACCACCACAGGUAACAGAUCAAGGAUACAGCCUGGCACCUUCCUACCAGGAUUGCAGCCAGGUGUACUACUACAACCACAACAGCCUGGACCGUCUGAUACCUGGAGAACUAGGACAGUGUCUGCAGUCCUACAGCUCAAUGUCCUACCCUGUGAGCGAGGAGUCUGCCCCUCAACCAGAGAUGCUGAUGGUUGGAAAGGAGAUUCAGCCAAGGAAUGCCCUAAUACCAAUCUCCCCCUCUGGCUUCUCCUAUUCCACAUCUGGUCAAAAUAUGCCAGACAUCAGUCUUCCGGUGGUGCACAUGGAGACGACCCAAGGAUUGCUACCCUCGGGCCAGACAGUCAGUCUGUUGCAGAGUCCAGAACUCUGCAAUAUUUCCACUGAGGUUUUCCAGAUGAGCACACCACCUGUAAAUGGGGACAGGUUAUUAACAGCCCCCGUGUACAGUUCUUUGGAAUUCCUGACCUUGCCUCUAGCUCCAAGCCUGGAAGAAAGAGAGAAUGAAAACAUGCUUGAGAUGAAAGGUGAGCUGUCAAUGCCUCCGGAUGCCUAUGAGGGCACUAAAGAAAACCAAGGACCAUCACGCCUUUCUUUAGUGCACCCUUACUGCACUGAUACAAGAAGUCUAAGACCAAAGUCUGCUUCUGACAAUGCCACCAUGGAAGGCAUCAGUAUAGGUCUGGAAGAGCAAGAGAAGCUCGAGAAUGAGACUGGAUCCAGAAACAACUUUGACGACAUCACUACACUGGGAGCAGGUGAUCACCUACCCCAAUUCUUCAAAACUCUCAAAGACCUAGACUGGGGCCCUCCCCUUCAGAGCUGGAGAGUCAUGAGCAGCUCCUCUGAAAAGGUGACAAAGAAUGACCUAAAAGCCUCUGACCUGCUCGAUGGAGCUCCUCAGGCUAAAAUCCAGCACCAGAACCUGGUCAGGAGAGAGAGGAGUGGGGGCUGUGCAAAGGACAAGGAAAGAUCUAUUGACAACAUCUCAAAGCAUCUGGAGGGCAAAGAUCCCAAAGAGGCACCCAGCAGGCACAGCAGAGCUAGAAAACAGGGGCAAGAAAGACCAAGUGGGCCAGAGAACAACUCCAAGAAAACACAGGAGCUUAAGCAGUCAAGGAACAGAGUCAAAGCAGAAGAGAAGCCCUCCAUCCCCAAGACCAAGAGGAAGAUGAACCCACCUGAGCUCAGUCAAAACAGCUUCAAGAAGCCUCGAACCCACCUUGGCAUGCACAUGCUGGAGUCCGUGCAGGUCUUCCACCCUCUCGGGAAGAAGAUUGAGAAGAAAACUGGCAUCUCUUCCUUCGGGGGUCUGCGAACCUCCAACAACAACAAAGAUCGAGGCCCAGGCCCAGCCACCCCAGCACUGCUAGAUAUGCCACCUGAGGGCCGGGGUCCUGACAGAAUCCCAGGCAAAGCUCAGAGAGCAAAGAUCAGUGCUCACAAGGACUGUACAUCUCCACCCCCGUAUGAGCUGCCCCCGCCUGGGAAGGUCAAGUUAGUACCUUUGCCUUUCCCAAAGCUGGACCAGCCUCAAGCCAGACCUGCUUCUAGAAAGCCUCUCCCCCUGGCUUCACACAGGCCCACUGCAGCUUACCCUGUGAGGCUUCAUCCCCACUCAGCUCAUCCAUCCCAACCAGCUCCUGUCAGCACAUCUCUGAUGGCCUCUGCCAAUUCAGCUCCUCCAAUUUCCACCAGUGCUACACAACCUAAUGUAGCCAACACCAGUGAGUCUAAUGCUAUGCCUCAGUUGUCCUACAUGAGGCUUGUACCCUACAGAGCAUCCUCUCACACUUCAUUCCAGAGAGAGCUUAUUUCUUCUGCCAGGAACAAGGCACCAUCACCUCUGAAACCUCAAACCCAACAUCGACUGCAAGACUUCAGCUGCCAAUCAAUUCCAUGGAGGAAAGUCGACAUUCUGGGACCAGUCAUCUCACAGCCCAUCACAAAAGAGCAGAGGCCAGAGAGGGAGGCCAUGAAGAGGCGCGCUCAACAGGAGCGUGAGAAUGCUGCCAAGUGUAGCUCUCCUGGGAAACUACAGAUUUUCCUUCACAGGGAAACCGAUAUGGAAAUUUCUCAAUAUUAUGGCUAUGCAAUGUAGGAGCUGGCCAGAUCUUUGUAACAUAGUACUUGUGAUGUGUAUAAUGACAGGUACACAGAUACAGAUAUAUACAUAGAACAUCAAGGGUCAUAUAAGUGUGUAGAUGCAUAAGUAAAUAUGUAGCUAUGUAGAUGAAUAUGUAGAUGUUUGUGCUUAUAUAAAUGAACAGACAAAUUUUCUAUAACAAUUGUAAAUAUUUCAAGUCAGUAAAACUAACUGGAGUAAUUUAAGUCAGUUCUUUAAUCCAUAGCAUAUACAGAGGCCUUUGUUAUUUAAGUCAGUUCUUUAAUCCAUAGUACAUAAGGAGGCCUUUGUUAUUUAAGUCAGUUUUUAAUCCAUAGCAUAUACAGAGUCCUUUGUUAUUUAAGUCAGUUCUUUCAUCCAUAGCAUAUACAGAGGCCUUUGUUAUUUAAGUCAGUUCUUUAAUCCAUAGCAUAUACAGAGGCCUCUGUUAUUUAAGUCAGUUCUUUCCUCCAGAGCAUAUACAGAGGCCUUUGUUAUUUAAGUCAGUUCUUUAAUCCUUAGCAUAUACAGAGGCCUUUGUUAUUUAAGUCAGUUCUUUAAUCCAUAGCAUAUACAAAAGCCUUUGUUAUUUAAGUCAGUUCUUUAAUCCAUAGCAUAUACAGUGGCCUUUGUUAUUUAAGUCAGUUCUUUAUUCCUUAGCAUAUACAGGGCUUUGUUAUUUAAGUCAGUUAUUUAAUCCAUAGCAUAUACAGAGGCUUUUGUUAUUUAUGUCAGUUCUUUAAUCCAUAGUAUAUACAGGAGAAGUCUUUAUUAUUGUUCUCAAAACUUUAAUAUUGCUAAUUUUGAUUGACAAAAUAGUAUAUGUUACAUAACUACAUCAUAUUAUGUAAACUCUAGUAAUACAUAUUUACUAUUAAAGCAAUUCAUCAUAGCUCUGGUGGUAAUAAAAUUAUUCUCCUUGGCUUUUAA